AUGACAAUGAUUAAGGUAUGGUUGCGCGAACCUCACCAAACUGAUGAUGAAGCUAUAAAGCUUAUUGUUGAUGAAUCCGCAGAUGUUUCUGACGUACUUUUAAAAGUUCCUGAAUUACUUCGUGUUCAACAUCUUAAGCCAUCAGAGAUUCAAGCUGAAUUUAAUGAUAAAGUGCUUUCUAACAGAUUACUUAUUUCAACUGUAUUUGAAGGAGUUAAUGAGGGUACUCUCGUUAUUAAACCAAGACCAGGUGUGGUCGUUGGAAAUACAGUAUCAAAGGUAAGAGGUACUACUACUACUACUUCUACUGGAGUACAUGAGAAUGAGUUAAAGAGUAAUUCUUCUGUAACUCGACAGAGGGGACAUCCCCCUCCAUCACCAAGAACGAAAAUUGUAAGGAAUACUAAAGAAAAUACAGAACAACUAAAGAGAGUAGAUUCUCUCACUGGUGAACAGGGAAAACCGCCAGUGGCUAGGAGUGGAAGUAGAGGAGCAGCUUCUUUACGAGGCGUAGGAGGGGGUACUCCUAGAGGUAGAAAAGCAGAAACACCCACCUAUCAGAGAGAAAGGAGUAUAACCAGUCGUGCAACAACUCCCAAGCGCGAUGUCUCAAUUUCAAAUUCAGAUAGAAACCCUUCACAACGUCGUAUGUAUGUGGAUCCUAGGGCUGUACCAUCUCGUUUUCGCCAAGAAGCAGAAAGAGUAAGAACAUCUUCCAAGCGACAUCAGAUAAACACCGUAUGUGAUAGUUUUAAACCUCAAUGGGGAAAACCUCUCUGUGCUACUUGUAACCACUCAAAGCAAGCCCACUGGGUUUCACAUAAAGAAAGACCCAAUGUACCGGAGCCUGGUUUAUCAUCAGAAGUUGAUACAAAUGUUAGUGAAGCAGUGCAUGUAUGCAACCACACACCUAAUGGAAUACCUCUUAUGAUUCCAGAAAACAACACCAGUAACGACAGUACAUCUUUAGUGGGACCCAAAGAGUAG